ACCAAUUAAAAAGUUAACUGACAUUUCUGGCAGCAGGCAACUCGGGCACGGAGUUCAUUUUCUGCUUCUUUUUGUGUGAAAUAUAUUUUUUUUCAACCAUUGGUUUCGUUUACCAAUACAGUAUCAAGUUAAUUUUUAAUUUUAACAACAUCUUUAGUUGAUAGUUUACUUAAAUAAGUUAGUGUGUUCACACGCCCUUGAAAACAGUGUUUUAAAAAAAUCUAGUGUCAGCAUAGCAACAGCACUUCGGUACAUAUAAUUCCUAUUUUGAGGGAUAUCGUUCACUGUAAGAAGAUAGGGUGCCUUUUUUGAAAUGAGAAAUGAGGAUGCAUGGCGAAAUUUUAGGAAUCAAGAAAUACACACAGUAAUUUAGCAUAUUGUAAGUAUCGAAGGUGGUGCUUUUAUUAGAGUAAGAUGAUAACACGAAGAUGGUUCCACCCAACACUAUCAGGGGUGGAAGCGGAAAGGAUACUCAUGGAAUGUGGCCACGAUGGCUACUUCUUGGCAAGACCCAGCAUGAGCAAUAAGGGUGAUUUUACUUUGUCUGUGCGGCGAGGCAAUGAAGUUACACACAUUAAAAUACAAAAUAAUGGCGAGUUUCUGGACCUUUACGGAGGCGAGAAAUUCGCCACACUUUCCGAACUUGUUCAAUACUAUAUGGACAAUCAGUGUCAAUUGCGUGAGAAAAAUGGCAAUAUCAUCCGGUUAAAAACGCCUCUCAAUUGUGCCGACCCUACUACAGAACGUUGGUACCAUGGACAGCUAACUGCGAAAGAAGCAGAGCGAGUGAUGUUAGAAAAUGGUAAAAAUGGCUCGUUCCUUGUACGAGAAUCGCAGCGGCAGCCGGGUGACUUUGUUCUCUCAGUGAGGACCCGAGAUCGUGUCACGCACGUCAUCAUCCGACGACAAGAUAAUAAGUACGAUGUAGGCGGUGGUACACAAUUUAAUGAUCUUGUCAGUUUAAUAGAACAUUAUAGAAACUUCCCUAUGGUUGAAACCACAGGCGAAGUGUUGCGACUGAUACAGCCGUUUAACGCCACUCGUAUCCAAGUCCGACAUUUCCAUACACGAGUAAAACAACUUCAAAAGGAAAACGAGGGUCCAAUCGAGAGUAUGGCUUACAAGCAAGGCUUUUGGGAAGAGUUUGAAACGUUACAAAUGAUGGAAAAUCUACAACUUUUCGACAGAAUGGAAGGAUCGAAACCAGAAAACAUACGGAAAAAUAGGUACAAAAAUAUUAUACCUUUCGAUCGCACUCGUGUUGUACUGAAGGACAUACCUCCUGACGCACCUCCUGGCUCCGACUACAUAAACGCAAAUUAUAUCCGUUGUGAGAUGAUCGACCCAGGCUCAGAUUGUCAUGAUUCUAGUAAUGGAAGUUACGAAAACGGCUCAAGUCGAGAUAAUACACCUUCUAAGAAUAAAGAAAAAUCGUCUCCAGUCCACACUAGUGUCAUAGUUUGUGAAGAAAAAUUAGCUAACGUGAAAGUUCAAGGCAAUGGUACUAAAUUAACCCCACCUUUCGAGCCUUGUGUCCUUCGAACAAAUCCGAAUUAUGUUAAUACCACAAUUCCAAAAUCGACAGAAGAAACUGAGAAUGGUAUUGUGGAUCACGUCUACAACAAGUUAUACAUCGCCACUCAAGGUUGUUUAUCGACUACUAUUUAUCCAUUUUGGUCUAUGAUAUGGCAGGAGGACGUUCGUAUAAUUAUAAUGACUACGAAAGAAAUCGAGCGUGGUAAAGUUAAAUGCGAGCGGUACUGGCCAGAAUUAAAUAAAACUGAAGUCUUUAAAAAGUUUACAGUACACAAUGAAUUUGAAUCGUCUACCCCGGAUUAUACGUUGAGACGCUUUGUUGUUACGAAAAAGGACGAGUGCAGCGUCAAAAGAACUAUUUAUCAUUUUCAUUUCACUGCGUGGCCGGAUCACGGCGUACCGUCGGAACCAGGCAGGGUCCUGAACAUAUUGUUAGAUGUAAAUUAUAGGCUACAACAGAUUAUGACCGGGCCGGAUCCUCCCGCACAGGCGGUCGUAUGCGUCCAUUGCUCAGCCGGUAUUGGAAGAACCGGGACGUUUAUAGUUAUCGAUAUGAUCUUAGAUCAAAUAAGAAAAGAAGGUUUCGAUUGUGAAAUCGACAUCCAUCGUACCGUUCAGAUGGUGCGCGACCAGCGAUCUGGUAUGGUGCAAAAUGAGGCGCAAUAUAAGUUUAUUUACAUGGCCGUGUUAGAGUUUAUAGAAACUGAGAAGCAGAGAAUUGGUCUUGGUCCCGAAUCUAGCCAAGACUCUCCCCGAGUGUGGUCGCAUUCCGUUCCUUUUUUAUGAAGCGCGCUAAAAGCGCGAAGAAAUUCUUGACAAAGGCUUUAUCUCGUGGAAAAUUAUAGCAGGUCGAAGAUUCAUGUUCUCUUAUCCAAUAUUGUAUUUCACGUGCUUAAACGAUUUAUUAAAAAUGUUUAACAUUUUAUGAAAUAUUUUUCAUAGUGCAUGAAUAAGUUGAGCUAUAAAAGUGGUGUCUAUUUUUUUGAUAUAGCGAGAACAAGAUGGAGAAUAUAUAGGAAUAUAAAUACCUUUAAAGGUUAUUUUUAAAUUAGUACUCCUUCGCUAUGAUUGUUGCUUGUAUAAGAAAGGUAGUCUUUUUAGAAAAACAAAAUCACAGUAUCGUCGAAAAACUUGGGCUUGCACUAUAAAAAUGUUGAUGGAUUAAAAUGGCCAUGAUUAACAAUGAUAUUAAUGUAUCUUGUACCACAAAUCUUCAGCUAGAUAAAAUAUCUUUGGUUCUGUGCCCAAAUUUAAGUCGAGUCCACACAACCCCGUUUUGCGGCCAAUAAUAAUCAACCAAAAGUUGCUACCAGUGAUUACCAGGAACUACCACUGCACUGCGAAAAUUGCGGUUGCAACAAUGAAGUCCCUACAGUUCCCGUUCAAUGUAACGAUUAUGGCCUACAAAGUACCUUAUAAAGGAUUAUUUGAAUGCCUUGUUCAUUUUAAUGCCCUACGUAAACAAUUUAACUUAAUUAUUUAUUUAGUAUAUGGAGAAAUACAAAUCAGGGUGUCUAGACAAGUAUCGAUCACUCCUGAACGAAUCCAUCUGUAAAUCAUUGUGGAUUAAAUUUUGCACGCUUCAUAAAAGAUAUUUCGGAAGCUAAUCUCAAUCUCAUAAAUUCUUUUAACGAUACGGAACGAUCACGAACGUCGAAAGACAUUUAUCUAGAUUCCUUGUUUUGUAUUACAGAUCUUUUUUCAAAGAACUAAAACGAAACCGUGUACCUAUUUAAGUCAUAAACCAUAUCAAUUAAUUUCAAUGAAUUUUAUGUAAUACAUUUUAUGCAUUUAGAAAUGUAUAAUUAAAAUUUUAUGUAAACUUGAACAAAAAAAUGUUUAUUGGAAUGCUAUUGCAUGAUUGACUUCGAUUAGGUUUAGAACGUCUAUGAGUCAAUCAAGCUACAUGGUCACCCAAAAUAUUAAUGAAUUAAGGCUUGCCAGAUAGCAAGUUUCACUCAUAGUCUAACCAAACUGAAUGGUCACUUUAAGGAGCGUGAUGUUGAUCUGCUAAUUGCAAUGCACUUAGAGAUGUUGUAUGGAGAUAAAAUACGAUGUGUUACUUUACAUACAAAAAUAUUAUUUAUACAAUAUUUUAAAGAAUGAAAUUAAGGAAUUAAUUUUAACAAUGCAGAUGAAAUUUAAGGAAUUUAAGUAUAUUAAUAUUAAUCCGUUAUAAAAGAGUAAGGUGAAAUCUAAUUUUACGCACAAUAAAACAUGUAAUUAGCAUUGUGUAUAAUAUUUUGUAUAUUUAGUUGAGUUUAUUUUAGUUGCCGGCCUGAUUGUAUUAUAAUGAUCUUAGGUUUUAAUUUCUUUGGUACUACGAUCGUUCCGAUUGACGUCAUAAGAUGGCGACUUGGGUAGUGACGUCAUGAGCACUUGUAAGUUUGAUUUAUAGUUACAAGGGAAUGUGCAAGACUUUUCUCUUGCGUGAUUUCAUUAAACUCCUUAUCCAUAUCCGGACAGCAUGCAUAGCGUGCAAACAAUAUAAUCUCUCCUCCUGUGGUUAUUGUAAAAUUUCUUAACGUCCACGUUAAUAAAGGAAAUUAAUAAAUAUGUAUAUGUAAAAUGAGUGUAAAUGCUUGAAAAUAUAUAUUGUGACAGGACACGGCACAUAAUUCCUUGUAUGUUCUACUAAAUGUUACUUUUAUGUGAAUGGAAGUUACACUCAAAAGGACAAACUGGAGUGUAAACUAAAUUUAUUAAUUAAAUACAGCCUUUGGUAAAAUAUUAUGCCUUAAUUGGGUAAAUAUUUCCAAUAAUAACAAUUUCAUUACUGGUAUCGCGUAUUAUCACCAUGUGGUUUAAAACCAUUUAUGUUUUCAGCCGUGCCCUGUCGUGACACGUUUUGUAUGAAGCUUAAGAGGAAACUAAUAAUAAAUAAUUGUUGUUAAUUAAAAACUAUUAUGUUAGUUGUAAACGGCGACCUGAAUAAUUUAUCACACUGUUGCUUUAAUAUUGCACUACACGAAAGUCAGGAGUUGACUUUAACGUGAUCUCGAAUUGGAGUUUGAUUUGAAAAGAAUGUUAUUUUUUAUAUAAUUGGACAACCGUAUUCAUAUAGGUAAACGUUUUCAUAUAGGUAACACUAAAUUUCGUCAAGUUUACGUAACGCUUACCAUAAAAUCAAAAUGGAGACGUUUUUUAUGCACUCAGCUUAUUGUUAUUUUUUUUAGUAAUAAAUUGUACAAAACAUUUUGUGCCUUAAUUUCUAUAAAUUCAAAAGGCAAUAAAUUGUAUAGUUAUUUUAAGUAAAAUCGUAUGCCCAUUAAUUCUAACGAGCUUGUUUAUAAAAGUAAUAAAUAGGUGCAUUAGUCUUUUUUGUCAGUAAUGCAUGGUAAGCGUUGCAUAAACAAAUGUAAUUUAUUAUGUACCUUUAUACAUGGCCUUCGUAUGGCAAGAGAAAGGGUUUUCAAACACAGGUUGCAAGCAUAUAACACAGCUCUAGUAUAGUACUAUCCCAAACAUUAAAAUACAAAAUAUACGUCAUGAAUAUAAUUUUAAAUGUGAAGUGAGUUUGUGAUUGGCUCUUUAAAAGAUUGCUAUAUGUACUAGAGCUAAUUAGACUUAAGUACCUACUUGUAGCAGUGAUACAGACGUUGUAUUAAGAUUAAAAAUGUAAUUAAGUCCUAGUUAGAUGUGAAAUCGACUUACGAAUUGAAUAAAUGUACCUAGGUGUCUUCUCAUACGCUCCCCUAAAACUGUGCAAUCUUUUUUAUAAACUCUGAAGGAAUACCUAGUUAGUGUUUUUAUUACUGAACGUUAAAUCAAUCGAUAAUUUUAGGAAAUAGGUUUUUCAUUUUCCACAGAAUGGUAAUUGUGCAAGAAAAAUGUGUGGAGACUGUUUGUAUUAAAUUGACUGAUGGAUUUUUAAAGAUAAUUUCAUGUAUUAUUCAAUAGUAGUAUGUAUGUACUGUAGUUGUACUAUCGAACUCACAAGGAAUCAAACGAGAUAUUCUUACAAAAAUGUUCUACAAGUCAUCUGUACCCUUAGUACGAGUUUGCUUUACGUUGAACGAAUACGAAACGAAAGCGCGUUCGGCGCUCUGAUUGGCUGGCGCGAAUGAACCAACCAAUCAGAGCGCCGGAUGCGCUCUCGUUAAACGUAAAACAAACUCGUACUAAGCCCUCUGUAAAUAAAUUUAUAUCCAACCAGUCUCCAUAACUUAAAGUAGUAAUUUAAAUUAAUUGUAUUUUUAAAACUUAUAUUCUUGUCAAAACUUGUAAUCGGAGGUGCUUUUUAUGUGAAGUAUAGUUGAUGGUAAUGACAUGGUGCGUUAUUUUUAUGUUUUUUUUUUGUUUGUACGCGUAGAUUACGUAGUACAUUUUGUAUAUGUAGGCAAAUUCAGGCAGUGAUAAUUUUAUUUUAUUUCUAUAAAUAUUAAAUAGUAUUCGGUGUAAUAAUUAAAUGUAGGGAUUAGUGUGUGUAUCUAGUAUAAAAGUUACUCUGUAAGACACUUUAUUUAUAUACAACGAUUAUACCGUUAACGCACACUACAAUUGAUGUAUUUGUAUAUAAUUUUGUUUUGUUUUUGCCUUUAAAUGGCGCGAAUCGGUACUACUAAUUUAUUUUCUGCGAAAAUGUCUAUUAUGUAUAAGAAAUAAGGAUUUAUCUAUCCUAUCCCGAAGAGCAAUAGAAUUGUUAAUAACAAAGUUAAGCUGGGUUACUUAUUAAGUUUACAUUUUUGGAAAUUCUGUAAAAAAGAUAAUGUUUCUUCAAGAAAGUAUUUAUAAAAAAUUAAGGCCAAUUUAAAGUUUAAACAUAUGCGAUUUUUGUUUAACCAGCAUAAAGGAUAUACGUAGUGUAAAUUGUUUGGUUUUUAGUUCACAAUAAGCCAAAUAAUUAUGUAUUUUGGUGUAAUUUCGUACCUUACAGAUUACUAAAAGCAACACAAUGAUUGACUACAUUGAGCAGUCCUUGGUAACAAAUUGGCUACCGCACAAAACAUGAAAAAUAUUAAAAUAAAAAAUAAAUUGUUAAUAAUUAAAAAUUAAUAACGUCUUAUAUCGGUGUUUUAGUGUACCUAGUACACGAAUUAUAAUAUUUUAUUCACACCCUAAUAAGGGUAUAACAAAUAUCUAAAUACUUAGAAAAAUUGUCACUGCUUGAAUUAUUCAGAGCUAUUAUAUGUUGUUGGCAUUUUAUUUAAACUAUUAUUCCAAUUUGUAAAACUGAGCUAAAGUAAUCGUAUGAUGGUAGAGGAAAAAGUUUUAUCGUCCGAUAAAAAUAUAUGUUGUGUUUUAUUGUAUAUUAUCAAUAAAAUGUGAUACCGAC